CCUGCUGCUUUUCCCCCUUCCUCUCUCCACGAUACGCCCUCGUCCCUCACACUCACACUCACCUUCACCCAUUCCUAUUCCUACUUCGUCCACUCCCACGCCCGCUUGAACCUCUUUCUAGUGUAGACCCUGGCCCGCACAUCGGAGACACCUUGACGGAGUUAGAGACACUCGAGAGACUUGGGCCAGCCACAUCUUCCUUCCCCGGUACGACUGACUGGACUGCUGCAGCUCGGCAUGGACAUGGGCCUGGAUCUGGACCCCCGGCCCAAAUCUCUGACCCGGCGCUGCAUCUGCAACUACAUCUGAGCGCGCCUCUCCUCGCACUGGGCCGUCACUCCUCGCCUCAAGCCUCUUGCCCUCACCCACAAGUAUUUUCUUGCCCUCGGUUUCACGUCAGAGUACAUUUGACGCCCUCACCCGUUCGUUCCCUCUCUCCAAGCUUCUCCGUGUGCGUUUUCAUCACGCCUCGACCAUAUCUUAAAGCUUUCACUCUACCACUCCAGACCUUUUUGGCUGCUUCAAGCCUGUGUCCCUUCCACCUCCUACUUCACCUCACCGUAUCAGCUCGGCUCUGUUCUGAUCUUCGGCCGGUUCUCAUCUGUCGUUUUUCACAAAAUCCGGCUACCUUAUUUUCCUGCAUCGGCCCCUCCCCUCCACAUUCAGCUUCACAAUCGGCUUGAGCUGCCAUCGACCUCUUCUUGAUCCUGGCUGCUGACACCGACCACCGCAGCACCCCUUUACACUUUCUUCUUCUUUCUUUUCUUUUUCCCACCGAGUACUCGAGUUUGUCUCGCUGCCACUCCUAUUCCACCUUUCUGCGAAUACAAAACCGCUGCCCCAUCCCACAAGACGAAUCCACUCGUCGACAACGGACUGGAAGCCAAAGGAUACUCGUCAUAUAUAACACGGCGCAUCUCACCUUAACUACUUGUCUCGCCCCAGCGCCGUACAACGAUCGCACAAGUACAAGUACAGCCUCUGGCCCAUCCCCCCGCGUCUUUCUCUUGCCAGCCCGGCUCUCCGAGUGGCCCAUUCUCCGCCUUGCUGUCUUCGACUCUCGCCUAAACGACGUCGCGCAGGAAAAGGGACCUGGCCUGUCGUCUUAUUACCGACCUGCUCUCGCGUCACCUUCAGUGUUCUGGAUUCACUCGGCCAAUUCAGCGAUACUCGAUUGAUCCCGGUUUUCUGAUUCUGUUUGGUUGGCAGUUGCUCCUUCUCGGGUGCUCUUGCCUUCCUUUGUGCUCGCCGAGUCCUUGUCUCACUACGAUCUCACUUUCAGCCAGUCUCCCAACACUUCAGCUGAGGCCUCUUAUUCUCGUCCUUCGUCUCCCUCCUGCCCUGCCAGACUUUGCUACGCUCCAACCUCGACGUCCACAGAACUCUCUCCCACGGGAGUCAUCUUAUUCUAUUACCCUUUUCCUCUCGUCCUACCACAAUUCACGCACGGGUUUCCUUUUCGCAUAUAUUCACCCGCAUCGCAUCAGGCAAACACGCACGUAGCCGUCACCGGCCUCCUUCAUCAUGCCUAACAGCUUCGACCGCCUGGAGAAACUCUUCUCCCGGAGGAAGGAUCUCACCAUUCAGACAGGCCAGUCAAUGUCAGAUUCAACAGGGCCCCGAGGUGCCCCGGUGGAUCGCAGCUUUCCCCAGCCGUCUUUCAUUCGUCCAAACGUCUCCCGUAUGAAGGCCCGAGAGGAGCGCAUUGUCGCCUCCCAGAACGAGAAGCGCGCUCAGAGUCUACCGGAAGCCCAGUCCGAGCGCAUCUCAAUACACCUUGCGCACCUGAGCAGCUCCAGUACCACGGCCCUCACUCUUCCAACCCGCUCCAUGUCCCUCAGUCAUCGUAGGGAGAGUCAGCCGGUGGCGAGUCUGCGCGGGUUUGAUUUCCCUUUACCUCCCACAUCCCCCUCGUCGGGCUCACCAUUUGGCUCGCCCAAAACUUUGCCCACAUCGCAUAAGGUUUCCCUUGAGCACCGCCACAGCUCCGUCAUCCUACCUCCCAAUAGAUCUCACACCCCACCCGGCUCCGACCACGACGACGACUCGAGCAUAAAGGGCUCUCAGGGCCGCCCGUCCUCUUCUCUCAGCAGAGACCUGCUGACCCCCGCAGCAUCUCCAGAAAUGAAGCCCAUACACGAUGCCCGGUCCCAAGAUUCUGCGGAACUGGGCCUGGCCAAAAGAAAGGCUGCCGCCGCCGCCACCAGACGCCGCCGGGAAGAAAAGGCAGCGGCGUUGCGUCGUCCUCAGGGCCAGUCGAGACCUCACCGCUCCAUCACCUCCCCGAGUCAGAUUCUCAAAGGCGGCAAUGUGACGGAUUUCUUCACCCUUUCCGACGACGACAUUCUGGAGGAAGAGCCUGAGUUUGAAGAUGCUCCGGGUACCCCUAUGACACCCGCGCCCCUGCGACUGCCGCCUUCUCCGCCUACUCCGGCAUCCACGGUCUCGUCUUUUCGCUCCAAGCGAAGGACCUCGUCUAUUUACACCGACAAUGUUGCCAAGGAGGGCGCACUCCAGGUCGCCCAGAUUGCAGCCAAGCACAAAUUUGACCUUGUUUACAUCGUCAACCUGUGGCCUGAGAGCGGAUCGGAAUCUUCAUCGCCCACAUUCCGCUCCUCAAUGGACUUUUCCUCCAGGCCAGGCAGUAAGAGGAACUCCUUACUCGGACCCAUGGAGGGGCCAAUGGUAGACUCCUCUCCCGGCAUGACUGGUCGUCUCCUCGCGGCUUACGGCUUGUCUAACCUUACGAGCCCUUUUCGCAUCUCGGCAACUGUCCAAUCCAAGAUUCUGAAGCAAGAAGGAUGGAUGGAGUACCGGAGCGAUGAUGCGCAAGCCGGCGAGUUUGCGCGAGGAUACGGACACGCUUUCCACACGGACACGGGCCGCCGGGGCUCUGCCAACUCGAGCCCUCGCAGCUCAAGUGUCCGCGAUAUCUCGUUGAACGAUCAUGGCAUCGUCUUCGCCGCCUAUCGUUACCCUGGCAAAGGCUCUGGCGCCGCCGGGUGCACCAAAGAAGAACUCGAAGCACUGCGCGUGGAUGCUGAGGGACUUGUCGACUAUCUCGUUGCCAUCCACAAAGCACGACGCCUUCGAGAUCCCAUGACACUACACACGCUUAUUGACGAAGAAGCCACUCCUUCAUAAACGGACGCGUCGCUCUUCCAGCAUGCAGCAACGAUCGUUCUUGAUUAACGCUAAACGCGACCAGUCAGAUGAACAACAAUACACAUGAUAACGACACGUCACUCCUUUAUACACAUUUUCUUUGGUUGGAUUUACGCGCCAUUGCGCUCUUUUUUCUUCGAUAUGAUACCACGUGGACAGCGUCGUCGUUUAUCCCAAAGGACGAGAGAGUUGCCUCUCAGCAGGCGGUUCGGGUGCUUGCCGUUGGCACCGGUUCCUGGAUUUUUCACACAGCAGGUGAAGUAGAUAGUUGUGAUGUGGCGAGCUUCGCCACAAAGAGGACUCGGGACGGACCCAUGGCCGGGCCCUGUAGUAGCAAUUGGACUUGGUCCAUGGUGAAAAUAAAACCC